GCUCACGCCUCGUUUUGGACUGCGUAGCCACGCCUUCAAGAAGUGAUUGGCAUGUUAACUCUUAUUGAAGAGUAUUCAUUUUCACCUAGUCGGGGGCCCGUACCCGUCUACAGGCCGAGGUGCGGCACGUGAUAGCGCCAUCCUCAGGUUACGGGUGGGGAAGCUGCUUGGGUAUUCGGUACUUCCCGUCCUGCUGGAUGAGGUAACAUCCAGGUGUCUGAAGCCUGGGGGUGGAGCUGCCUCAGCUCUCUGUCAUGGCGGCUCUCAGAGCUCGGAGUGAAGCCCAUUGAAGCUCAUGUGUAUGACAGAAGCGAGCGGUGUGUACAGAGUCCUGCUACCGGACGAAGCCUGAUCUAUAGCACAGGGGGAAGCGAUGACUUAGGUCUCAAGAAAGAUCUCAAGAAGAUGGCUGAAAUUACUCUAAAAGAAAUAGGCAUUUUGUCGUGUGUUGUCGUAUUUUGUUAUUGGAACAGUCUCUUCUGUGGAUUUGUCUUUGACGAUGUGUCUGCUAUUCUGGAUAAUAAAGAUUUGCAUCCUUCAACGCCCAUAAAGAAACUCUUUCAAAAUGACUUCUGGGGAACACCAAUGUCUGAGGAGAGGAGCCAUAAAUCCUAUCGUCCUCUUACAGUCCUGACGUUUCGUUUAAACUACCUGUUCAGUGAGCUCAGUGCAGUUUCUUAUCAUCUUCUGAAUCUUCUCCUUCAUGCCGUGGUGUGUGUGAUUUUUCUUAAAGUUUGUAAAAUUUUCCUGGACAACCGGAGCAGCCUGAUUGCCGCCUUGCUGUUUGCUGUACAUCCAAUACAUACUGAGGCAGUUACAGGAGUUGUUGGCAGAGCUGAACUUCUCUCCUCCAUUUUCCUCUUGGCUGCUUUUCUAUCAUACACCAAAUCUAAGGGCCCAGACAAUUCUAUAGUGUGGACUCCUAUUGCUGCUGCUGUGUUCCUUGUUGCGGUUGCAACUCUGUGCAAAGAGCAAGGGAUUACUGUUGUUGGUAUAUGUUGUGUCUAUGAAGUCUUCAUUGCUCAAGGGUACACAUUACCAGUUCUGUGGGACACAGUUGUUCAGAUACGGUUGGGUAAAGGCAGUAUACCAUAUUCCUUACUUCAGACGUUGCUGAAACUUGUUGUUUUGAUGUUCAGCACUUUGUUGCUUGUUGUAAUCCGUGUACAAGUCAUCCAGUCCCAGCUUCCAGUCUUCACCAGAUUUGAUAACCCGGCUGCUGUCAGCACAACACCUGCAAGGCAGCUAACAUUUAAUUACCUCCUGCCUGUGAAUGCCUGGCUCCUGCUGAAUCCAUCUGAACUCUGCUGUGACUGGACAAUGGGAACCAUUCCUCUGGUUGAAAGUUUCUUGGAUGUGAGGAAUCUAGCUACACUGCUAUUCUUUUGUUUCCUGGGAAACUUGGUGAUCUACAGCAUCCGAUAUUCAGGUGAUUCAUCCAAAACUGUGCUCAUGGGAUUGUGCCUAAUGGUGCUGCCUUUUAUACCUGCCUCAAACCUUUUCUUUCCUGUUGGAUUUGUGAUUGCUGAGAGAGUAUUAUAUGUACCAAGUAUGGGAUUCUGCAUCCUUGUUGCCCAUGGCUGGAAGAAAUUAUCAAAUAUAAGCAACAAGCUGAGACAACUAUCUUGGAUAUUUUUAGCUUUAGUGCUGUUCACUCAUGCCGUGAAAACCUUUAACAGGAACUGGGACUGGGAAUCUGAAUAUACUUUGUUUAUGUCUGCUUUAAAGGUAAAUAAAAACAAUGCUAAACUUUGGAAUAAUGUUGGUCAUGCUCUGGAGAAUGAAAAAAAUUAUGCAAAAGCUUUGAAGUUCUUUAAGCAAGCUACAUAUGUACAACCAGAUGACAUAGGUGCUCAUAUGAAUGUUGGGAGGACAUACAAGAAUCUCAAUAGAAGCAAAGAAGCUGAAGAAUCAUAUUUAAUUGCAAAGUCCCUUAUGCCACAGGUAAUUCCUGGAAAGAGAUAUGCUGCUCGAGUUGCACCAAAUCACCUAAAUGUUUACAUAAAUCUUGCAAACUUGAUUCGUACAAAUGAGUCGCGGCUUGAGGAAGCAGAUCAACUGUACAGACAAGCAAUAAGUAUGAGACCAGACUUCAAGCAAGCAUACAUUAGCAGGGGAGAGUUACUUUUAAAAAUGAAUAAACCUUUAGAAGCCAAGGAAGCUUAUCUCAGAGCUUUGGAACUUGAUAGGAUGAACGCAGACUUAUGGUACAAUCUUGCAAUUGUUUACAUUGAACUGAAGGAUCCAAAUGAAGCCUUGAGGAACUUUAACCAAGCACUUGAACUGAAUCACAGGCAUAAGCUCGCCUUGUUUAACUCUGCUCUGCUCAUGCAGGAAUCUGGCAAUCCCAAAUUGCGACCAGAAGCUAACAAACGACUAUUGACUUAUAUUGAGGAAGAGCCAAGGGAUGCAAAUGGAUACUUUAAUUUGGGAAUGUUGGCCAUGGAUGAGAAGAAGGAUUUAGAAGCUGAAAAGUGGAUGAAAAAAGCAAUAAAACUACAGAAUGGUUUCCGAAGUGCCCUAUUCAACCUUGCCCUUCUCUAUUCCCAAACAGCUAGGGAAUUGGAUGCGCUACCAGUCUUGGAGGAGCUUUUGCAGUACUACCCCGACCAUAUUAAAGGUCUUAUCCUGAAAGGAGACAUCCUUAUGAAUCAAAAGAAAGACACUAAGGGAGCUAAGAAAUGUUUCGAAAAAAUUCUUGAGAUGGAUCCCAAUAAUGUACAGGGGAAACAUAACCUCUGUGUGGUAUAUUUUGAAGAACGAGAUCUUUUGAAAGCCGAGAGAUGCCUUGUUGAAACACUGGCCUUAGCCCCUCAUGAGGAAUAUAUUCAGCGACACCUCAGCAUAGUGCGUAGUAAAAUUAUGGCACUGAAUGCAGCUGGACAGACUAAUGCUGCAGCAGGUGCCCAGUCAUUGCCUGAAGGACAAGGGCAGGAGAAUGUCGCAAAAGGCAAAAAAAAAACUCCAUUUGAAAAACUGAACGAAGAAAAAGAUAUACCAAAAAUGAAUACACCCACAAAAAGGAAAAACAAACAACAAGUAAAGACUAAAAGUCAACAAGAGAAAAGUACUGACAAAGUAGUAAAGCAAAAAUCCACAAAAGAAAUCAAAGACAUUGAAAAUAAAAGAGUUGCUGCUUUGAAGCGCUUAGAGGAGAUAGAGCGUAUACUAAGUGGAGAAUAAGAUAUAGAACAUCUGUCAGACUGAAAAUAGGGCGUGUACAAAAACUUUAUUUUUCAUGUAUUAUACACUGCAGAGCAAUGAACACAUCUGGGUAAACAUGAAAGCAAGACAAACAGCUUUCCAGGUUUUCAACACUACUGAACGAAUUUGCAGAAUACUUUGCCUACUUCAAAUUCAGUUUUAUAUUAUACAACAAUAAAGCACGGUAUACUUUUUGUACUUGUUUAAGAAACUUUUUUUUAUAUAUACUUUUUCAUUAAUAUCAAUUACUGAUAGAUAUGUAGAUAUGAACGUUGAGAGAUUCUACACAAUGAAGCUUUACAGCAGGGCUGUUGCACUGAUAAAUGGACCAUGGGCUCCAAGGCUAGUAACAUGUUUUAGGUGUUUUAACAGUAUUUUAUUGUUUUUAUGCUUCAAAUUUUGCUUGUCUGGGAUGUUGAUAACCUAUUGAGUACGUUGGUAUAUUGUCAUCUCAUCUAAUGUUCAUACGUCCCAAUAUCACACAGGCAGUUUUAUGAUUUUAUAGCAUAAUCUCUGACUGAGUGUUACAACAACCCAAAAAAUAAGUUCUUGUUAAAGUGUUACUGUCCUUUCAAAAAAUUUGACACAUCACACAGACAUGUCAAAAGUUUUGAUCAAGUCUAAAUGUUCAGACCCCCACUGAUCAUUAGACAGAGCUUGGAGAAGCAUACAGCUGAGCCUCAAUGCCAAAAGGAGUUGUCACAGCAGUCUGUUUAUGUUAAAGGUUCAUAUAUGUGCAUAUAUUGAAAAUGCAUACUUAAAGGGGUGCUCCGGCCCUAAGACAUCUUAUCCCCUAUCCAAAGGAUAGGGGAUAAGAUGUCUGAUCGCAGGUGUCCCACCAAUGGGGGCCCGUGCAAUCUGGCAUGCGGCACCCACCUGUGAGCAAUGUAGGAAGCGCUGAAGGCGCUGGGAGGGGGUGUGACGGCCGUCAUGCCCCCUCCAAUAGACUUGCAUUGAGGGGGCGGGGCAUGAUGUCACACGGGGGCCGAGUCGUGACGUCACGAUACUCUGUCCCCGUGGUCGGGAGGCAUAAGAUUUGGAGCCUUUAGCGCUUCCUAAAUUGCUCACAGGUGGGUGCUGCAUGCCAGUGGUGGGACCACCGCGAUCAGACAUCUUUUCCCCUAUCCUUUGGAUAGGGGAUAAGAUGUCUUAGGGCUGGAGUACCCCUUUAACUGUUCAUUUACCGAUGUCCUAGAAGAUCUUUGUUUUUAAAUGGGUACCCCCAAGGCUCUGGAAAACUCUGUUGUCCUACUUGGACAAUGUGACUUCCCGCCACUUUACUGAAAAUCACAUUUCCCAGAAGCACUUUGCUCUCUCCAUUUUAAGUCAUGCACAUUAUUAAAAAUCAGGCAUCUGAAUAUCUUACUUUUCUAAAUAAUAGAAAAAAAACAAAAAGAAACUUUGUAGCUUAAUCAACGCUUGGCACAUAUAUGAUUGGAGCUAACACAUAGUUGAACAACUCUGAUGCCAAGAAAAGAGCUGGUGCUACUAGAAAAUGUGGCAUCCUUACUCUGAUGCCCCAGAGAACUGAGAGAGCUGAGAUCUGGCAUCCAACAACACACUGGUCAGGGAGAGGAAGUAAACCACUACACAAAGCAAGAAGAGCACAUGUUAAUCUGUUGUAUCCAUGGUUAACGGAGGGGAAAAGGCAAAUUUACUGGAUGGAGUAUUUUAGGGUGUCAUGUCUCUGGAUAUUUUUCCAUAUUUGAUAUAUGACAGUACCGUAUAUAGAAAUACUUUUUCAUAAUUGGUACAGUGGGGUAUGAAUGCCAUGUUGGGAAUACAGAACUUUGCUUCUAACAGCUGUGAUCCUCUACGGUGAAUGUUUUUUGACAAUAAAAACUGAGAGAUUUCGAUAAUUUGUACAUUAACACAGCAGAUAAGUGUUAUCUAUGUUAUCUCAUACAGACUAUACUACUGUACCUAUAGAACAGACUUUAUCGCCUGUACUGGUAGGUACAAGAAGACUGUUAAUAGAAAAUUCUCUACCCCCACAUUGGAAAAAAAAGUUUGUGGCCUUGUGGAAUGUUGUUGUGUCCUUUUUUGUAUUCCUAGUUUUAUAUUUGGUUAAUAUGCAGUUAUGAACUUAAGGUGCUGUAUUUUUGAUUUAGUUUAGCAAUUCAGGCAUUACAUCUCAAAUACAGGGUACAAUAUCAUGUCUAUUUGAAGCUUAAAGGGAUUAUCCAGGAAUAGAAGAAUAGACUGGAAGCUAAAUAGUUUUUGAAAGAAAUUAGUUCUGUUUUUCUAUUCCUGGAUAACCUCUUUAAUAUUGACCACUGGCUACCAUUUUUCCUGCAAAAUGAGACAGAGGCCCUGUGACAUGUUACUGUGACAUGCUAUCAGUGUUAUCACAGCUGUCUCUAAUAAAGCAUAGUGAUCUAACAUGGCCACCUAUGGUAAAAGAUCCAAUUGCCAGGCAGCUGCCCAAACUCAGUUGGAUGCCCCCAAGCAAGCUUGGAGUUUGCAGAGAUGAAUAAGAAAGUAGUCUGAAAGGAUGUAUUUUUUUAUUAGUUGAAAAAAUAUUCCUGGGUAACUGCUUUAUUUUUUACCAUGCUGCCCAGAAUCCUUGCUUCUGUCCUCCAUUGCUUCUGUCCUCCAUUGCGGUCUUCUUCCUGGUUCUUGAUGUUGACUUGUCAUGCUGCAGCUCAGCUAGUCGCUGGCCACAGUAGUGUCAAGGCCGGUAGAAGACCAGGGCCAGGUCUCUAUACAUCACACUGCUGCUCAACCUAUAACCGGCCAAGGCUUGACAUCGCUGGUGCCAGCAAUAACCUGAGCCACAUUGUGACAACUCUACCCCAGAUAACCCCUUUUAAUACACUUUUAUAUCCCAGACAAGCAACAUUUAUUGUCUACUUUUUAGACUAUUAACUGUAUGCAUCAAAAAAUUGAAGUUUAUCCAUUUUAUUGGUAUUGAUUUACAUAUCUUUUUCUGUGUAAGAUAUAAAGGUAAUUAUACCUAAAGAACGUAAGUAUUUAUUCUUUAAUAAACACAAGUUUGACCACUAUGAUAUAAACUUGCCAAGACUGCUUGUGCC